UGACGUGUUACUAUAUGUUUGUAGGCGCCUGCGGAAGUCCGUGUAGGUGACACAUUCAAGGUGAAGGUGAUGUUCAAGAAUCCACUGCCCAUCCUCCUCACCCUGUGUUACUUGGAAAUCCAGGGACCAGGACUGCUUAAACCAAAAAGCAUCAAACAGAGCUCUGUGGGCGCCAAAGAAAGCUUCGUGUACGAGCUCGAGAUGACCGCCUCCAAACCUGGCACCAGGACGAUUGUCGCUAGCUUCGACUCCAAAGAGAUUGUCGAUAUCAAUGGAAGCUGUGAAAUAGAGGUCAAAGAGAAGUGAAAUUCAGUUUGACGAAGUCAAGACAUUUGUUUGACAUAUAUUGACCCGCGUUGACACUUGGUUGUAAUCACACCUGUGUUGAAGUCUGCAAUUCGAUACCCUCGCUUAUUAAGAAACUUCAAAAGUUUAUAAUUACGACUUCUACUCUACUAACACAUGAUAUUUAAGGAAUGAAAUUUAUUUUUUAACAUUCAUGAGUUCAUAACAACACUGGCUUAGCGAUUCAUGAUAAAUUUGUCCAGAAAGUCAAUGGUGUUAUGACCUCAUAGAUGUGGAAAAAAUAAGUUUUAAUUCUUUACAUUUACAUUAUGACUGUUUUUGUUUUAUAUGUUAAAGUACCCAAUGAUAAAACAAAUAAUGAUAUUUCAUGGAGUGACGUAGGAGAGAGAGACCAACCGUUAUCGCGGGACAGUGUCAGAUCGUUCUUGGCACGAUCUUAACAACCUUAAUAAAAUCAACACAAACAAAAUGUAGUUCCAUCUACAACACUUAUUGUGCGAGAUAUUGGAGUGACUUUUAUAUUUUGAACAUUAAGGAAACCGUAACACUAUUGCAUUUAUAAAAAUAUUACAUUGGUCGUGUCUAUUUAAAGAACUGAGAAGAGGGGAAAUUCCGACGGCAGAGAGUACUACCGUGGCAACGUGGUCACCGACAUGACUUCAUUCUGUGAUGAUACUAAUGUUGUUAUAUUUUUGCCUAUGCUUUUAAGCAUACUUUAUAUAAAUAUUGUACUAUGUAUGUUGAUGAAUGCUUCAGAAAAUGUACAAGUAAGCUAUCAAUACACCCAGCCCGAAAACCUUGUCUUAAAUACAGCACAAUAUGCAUGCCAAUUAAACCUAAAGCUUACAUCUCUAGUUGAAUAUGCCUUGCAUUUCUAUUAUCUUAAAAAAAUCUUCAAAAUCUUCAAAAAAAAAUCCUUGUUCACGUGCAACAAACUAGAGUGUCUCUAAUACUUGUAUUUUCCGCUUUGUCCUACAUUGUGGAAAAUAACUUAUUGAAUGUGGGUAUAAGGUAGUUUAUAUUUCUUAAAAAUCCAUGUGAAAAAUCAUUUGACAAAACCCUCUUACGUAAACAUCCGAAAUAGUACUCGUAUUUUCUGCUAUUUUCCAAACUGGGGAAAUAUCUGACUUUGGUGUGUAUAUAUACAUAAACAUGUAGUUUGUAUUUUAUGUACAUCAAAGACUAAAAGAUUAACAGUGUUUCUCGAUUUCUCUUUUAUAAAGAUUGUCAUACAAUCAAGUCAAUUCAUAACAAUUCACAAAUUGAAGAACGUUAACCAUACUAAAUUAAGAUAUAAUUUCCGAUAAAAAAAGUUAUAUCAAUAUUUGUAACUGCUUGGAGUCUUGUUAGAUAUUUUAACAUGUAGUAUAUCGCACUAAAAGCUACAUUAUCCCACAGUUAAAACUUGUCCCGCUGACGUAUCACAGAUACCCAUUCUACCUUUGGUUGUUUAAAUAAAUAUAUAAAAAAAACAUGUUCGUGCUUCGGCAUAGCCACCGCCUGGCGUUAACCUUUUUUUUUGUAUCGUAUAUCGUGAUUUUUGGCCGGAAAAUCAAUCUUAAAAUCAUUGCAAGAUAAAGUGUUUCACAAUAGAAGUCCUCUCCAAAUUUCAGUACCAAUUGUUUACAAUAGGGGAGGGAGCUUAUUUGAGGAUAGAUACUGUACUAACUUUUACCCUAGGUGAGGGGCUUAUUUGAGGAUAAUUACUGUACUUAACCUUUACACUAAGGAAAGAGGCUUAUUUGAGGAUUAAUACGGUCAUAAAAGAGGAGUGGCUUAUUUAAGGAUGAAUACAGUACUUAACUUUGACACUACAGUGGCGAGCUUAUUUGAGGAUAAAUACGGUAAUAAACUCUGUUACUAGAGGAGGGGCUAAUUUGAUGAAAAAUAUGGUAAUAAAGAGGAGUGGCUCACUUGAGGAUACAUUUAUAACUGUUAUGCUAUGUUAAUGAUAUGUUAAACAGCUUAAAUGCGUUGCUAUAAAACUUUAUUUUCCAAAGAAA